AUUCCAAAACUAAAAAAAAAAAAUCUAAUUAUUUGAGCUGCAAUUUGUUGUUGUUGUUGUUGUUUUUUGUUUGUUGCCAUACAAAUGAUGACUGUCGAUAACGAUAAUUUUAGUGCAACAACAACAUCCAAAAUGAUGGUCCAAAUGAAUGUUCCAUGUAUUAUGGUGGAUGCAAAUAAUUUCGUUCGAUGGUGGCCAUCCAUUACGAAAUGUAUGCAACAAAGUGAUUUCAUUGCCAUAGAUCUGGAAUUUUCCGGUCUUGGAUCAAAAGAUAUAUUUGCAUCCCAAAUCGAUGAACGUUAUGAAGCGAUUCGAAAAGCGGCCACAACUCGAUCAAUAUUGUCGAUGGGUAUUGCUUGUUACAAGAUUGAUGCAACAAAAGGUUUUUUCAAACAACAACAACAUCAAUCAAAUAAUGAACGUCAAUUGAUUAUGAAACAGAUUUCCGAUUGUUUGGAAGCUGAUGAUGAACUUUCUAAUGAUAGUAUUUCAAAUGCUGAUGAUAAUGAUAAAGACAAUGAAAACAAUGAUGAUAAAAAAUUUCAUAUAACUGUUAAUGUUUUUCAUUUUCUUACAUUGAACAAUACGGAAUUUGUUAUGGAAACACGUUCAAUGAAAUUUUUGGUCAAACAAGGUUUCGAUUUUAAUGAACUUUCAACCAAUGGUAUUGCAUUUUAUCCUGGUAAUGAUAAUCCAUCGAUUGAAUCAUCAUCAUCAACAGCAACACAGCCUUCAUUACGAAAAUUGAUUGAAUUAUUGAUUUCAUUGAAAUUACCAUUACUAUUACAAAAUGGUUUCAUUGAUCUGGCUUUUCUUUAUCAUAAUUUUUAUGCUGAAAUUCCAACAAAACUUGAAACAUUUAUGGCUGAUCUGACUGAAAUGUUUCCCAAUGGUAUAUUCGAUACGAAAUAUAUAGCCGUAGCACAUUUGUCUUGUUCAUAUCUGGAAUAUUUGUUUCAAUUUGCACAACGAAAUAAUUAUUUUCGAAAAUUGAAAAAUAUUCAUCAUUUAGUGCUGAAAUUUGAUCAAUAUGAUGAUGAAAAAUUCGUUAACGAUAUAAGAAUAUUUGAUCUUAGUCCAAAAAUUAUGCAGAAUACAACAACAAAUAAUGGUGGUAAAAUUUGUGAACCAUAUUCGAAAUAUGGUUGGUGUGAAAAAUCCGAUCACUGUGAACAAUCACAUAAUAUUGAUCUAAUAUUGGAUGAAGAGCUACGAUCACAACGAAAUAAGAAAAGUAAACUAUUAGUAAAUCAAUUGUUAGAGAUACAACAACAACAACAGCAACAACAAUCAGCAAUAAAUCAAGAAGAUUCCAAUAUCGUUAAUGAUCUUGAUAAUGAUAAUAUUGAUGAUGAUGAAAAUGAUCAUGAUCAUGAUCAACAAAUCAACAAUAUUCAAUGUGAAACAAAAGAAGAACCACCAUUACAUAGAAAAAUUGGUUUACAUCAUGCCGGCAAUGAUGCAUUCAUGACUGGAUAUUAUUUUCUCUUUAAUCUUAUUGCCAAUCAUAAAUCAGUGGCUAAUAUAAAAGAAUUUCGAAAACUAAAUGAAUUAUCAAGAUUCAGGAAUAAAAUAUUUCUAUCAUCAAAACCAAGGCCAUUGAAUGUAAUGAAAAGUGCAUAUGUUAAAUGUUCGAAAGGUCAUAAUGAAAAAUUGUCCAAAAUUAAAAUGAAAUAUAAUUUAAUACAAAAGUAGAGUAGGCAACCAUUUUGUGGCUGCAUUGCCAAAUUACAUUGCCGACCAUUGAUUUAUAUGAUGUGAUAAUAAUAAAAAAAGACGUUUUUAAGA